GCGACUAUUCAGCUGACCACAUUUCCUCCUUGUCCGUUUUUUCCCUCUUAAGUAUUUAUCUCUCCAUAAAUAAUAAAUCUCAAAGUCUAACAAUUCUGAUCACUUCUCCAAUUCGUGUGUGCCGACCAUUUCAAAACUCCACCCUCAGUUUCUAUAUAUAUAUAUAUAUAUAAACAUUGUGAUAUAUUGUUUCAUCAAAUUUCACUUGUCACAGCUCUCAUAAAACAAGGAACUCAGUCUUCUCUUUGGGAAACCAACAAUUAUUCUUUGACGAUUAAGUUAUGAAGAAAGGGAGAGGUUUCAGACUUGGGCGGAGGUUGGUGAGAGUUUUCAGCUGUUUUAUUCGCCGGAGAACAAAGGCAAGAGUCGGACAUAAGCGACUGAGUUCUCAGGGAUGUGCCAGCAGAGCCAUUUCAAAGCUACGCAAAUUGGGAAGCUUGCUGAAGCAUGGAGCAAAAGGUCUCUGCUUUGCUAAACCCAAUUCGGGUUACAUAAGGGUCGGGCAAGAACCGAUUGAUCCAAAGCAAGUGAGUGUACCGAAAGGGCACUUGGCUGUGUACGUGGGCGAGAAGAUAGAUGAUACGUGUAGAGUUGUGGUGCCUGUGAUAUACUUUAAUCACCCUUUGUUUGCGGAUUUGUUGAGGGAAGCAGAAAUGACUUAUGGGUAUAAUCAUUCGGGUGGGAUCCAAAUCCCGUGUCGGAUAUCUGAAUUUGAGAACGUUAAAUCAAGAAUCGCCGCCACGGGCGGUGGUGGAAACUGCCGUGGAUAGCGGAGGUGGAAGCAUAAUUAUUGAUGAGCUGUGGCUGAGUCAGUGGACAGUGAUGUAGGAGUUGUGAACACAUGCGUAAAAAAUUGUAACGUGCAAUGGCACAACCCUCCAUCUUAAUUAGGCCUUUCUUUCGCCGAGAGAUAAGGGCACGUUGAUAUGGGGAGGUUUAGUUUAUGUUAGUUUUUUUUAGUAUUUAAAAAAAAAAAAAAGGGUUUACAAUGAUGGCAAAUGUUCUGGGUGUGAAGGGUUUAUUUGUACAAAUUUUUGUUAACCUUCUAGCUCAAAUCUCAAAUGGACGCAUGUAUUAGUUUGGCUCCCAAAAUAUUAAUGGACGCAUGUAUUAGUUUACAUGUUACAAGAAUUGAAUGUCACUCUCUC